AUGGCGAUGAUGAUGACUGGCCGUGUGCUGCUGGUGUGUGCCCUCUGCGUGCUAUGGUGCGGUGCUGCGGCGGUUGUGUCGGUGGCCGAUUCUGGGGUUGCUGCUGAAAAGGGGAAUGCCUCCACGGGCAAUGAUGACCAGAGAAGGACUGGCGGGGUUCCUGCGUCCGGAAAAAGUAUUGCAUCACCGGUGAAUUCAGGACAAGAAUCAGCAGUUUCAACAAUAAGAAAUGAGCAGACGCCACAGAUUUCUGAAGCUUCUAUUGUGUUGCCUAAACAAAUAACUUUAGAUCAAAAACAGGAAGACGAGGAUGCAAAAGACGGCAAAGAUGGAAAGGAAGAAAGAGAGACACGCGAAGAUGCAAGACCACCACCACCACCUCCUCCACCACCAGGACCACCACAACCUCCGGGAGAACCACCAACGACAAUAAAUGGAAACUCAGCAGGAACUUUAAAUGAAAAACCGGCGAAAGAACUGCCCAUUGCUGAUGAUGGCUCCAACCAGGAACAAGUGCUUAAAUCGUCGGCACCAGCAGCAACAACAACAGCAGCAGCGUCACCAUUAAAAGCAGCAGCAACGCCACAAGUAAAAAAUGAAGACCUCGGCUCUGCAAAUCUCGAUACAGUGCAACAAGUACAAAACGCUCAACGCGGCCUGGAAUCCGAUGGUGAGUCAAUAAAAGAAGACAGUGCUGUCACCACAAACAAACAACAGGAUGGAACAUCUGACAGCCAUGCCGAAUCAACUCCAACAUCACGUUCAUCAGCAAAAAGUGUUGCCGCCAGUAACGGCCCUGACAAGGCUACUGAAGAGGAGAUUUCCAAUAAAAAUACAACAGCUGAUGGUGAAGUAAAAGAAUCCGCACAAGAAGAUGGAAAUAAAGAUGACAAUCAAAAAGAAACACCAAUAAAAACCACAGCUAUUGCAAAUGCGGACGACAGUGACGGCAGCACUGCGGUCUCCCACACCACCUCCCCUCUUUUGCUUCUUCUUGUUGUUUCGUGUGCGGCUGCUGCGGUGGUGGCCGCGUGA